AUGUUUCGGAGAGUGUCGGUGUUAAAGGAGAGAGCCGAAGAUGAGAACGUGGACUCCGGAGCGGAAACAGCCGAAUCUGACUGCAGCAGGAUGUCAACAUCUGGCAUCGAUCUCAUGACCAGGCGGGUCAGGCAGCAGCAGCAGCAGCUCCUUCAUCUGAACCUGCAUCUGCUGGCCAACCCUGGAGACUCCCUGCUGCUGCAGCACACCCUGGAUCGCCUCCUCCGCUGGCUCUGUCCAAGCCUCCGCAUCUUCCAUGUGUCAGAGAGGGCUUCCCCGUAUAGAAGUUACACUCGUCUCAGUCCUGUGGCAGGCUACCCUUCUCUGGCUAUUACCUUCUUCCUUCAUGAGGCUUAUGGAGAGGAACGGAUCCUCAAAGUGCUGGACUUCUUCCAGCGACCGCCUUGGCAGUACCACCACACGGAGAGCUGCGGCAACAGGACCAGAGGGAUCCACAUUACUUCCAGCAGCUCCCCAUCCAACCCCCUGCUGCGGCCCUACCUCCUGCCCAGCCGAGACUUUUACAGCCUGGGUGCAGGGAUGCCUGUGUGGGGGGUUCGGCCGGUGCACUGUGGAGGAGAAAUACUACGUGUGACACUGUACAGUGUAUAUGACAACUAUGAGGACGCUGUGCGGCUGUAUGAGACGGUGCUGCAGCAACAGGCAGAAGAGCAGAAGACCGGAUUCUGCUGGUUCACCCUCCAUGCAGAGCCGGGGCUGUGCCUGCAGCUGGCUAUAAAGCAGUUGUCACCAGGAGUUCGGGUGGAGCCUUGCAGCUCUGCUGUGCUACAGUUUAGUGUGGAGGAAAUCGGCCAGCUGGUCCCUCUGCUGCCCAACCCCUGUACCCCCAUCAGCAGCACACGCUGGCAGACGGAAGACCUGGAUGGAAACAAAGUUCUCUUCCAGGUGAAAACCCCGGCUCAACCUCCGCGACCCUUGACCUGUGCUUUCCCCCUGACCUGCCCCAGCGUGUCCCCUCGAGGAAUGCAGUUCAGGAGCUCAGCACAGGGCCACAGCCUGUCGCCCUGCAGCCUCACGACCCCCCCGCCCUGGCAGACACACAGGCAGGGCCACAGACCACGCAGUGACCCGAUCCUGGAGAAGCUUCACGGAGGAGGAGGAGGAGGUGGAGCAGAGAGUCUGGGAUCAGGAAGCUGCUGCAGCACCCCUCCAGGCAGCUCCUGCUACUCAUCCCAGCGCAGCAGCCCCGCCCUGCCUCUCACCUCCAAUCACCCGGACUCUCCUCUGCGCCCCGCCAUCACCCGCUCUCUCUCCUAUCUCCUCCUGGAAGAGGACGAGGAGGAGCCGGAGACCAACGUAGACACGGGGGUCCCCAUCUCGUCUCACUCUGACUCAGCAGUCAAAGCCAUCACUCGCUCUUCCUCCAUGGACUUUCUGAUGAACCUGCACUCAGAGAGACCCGCUGCUGUCGGGGCUUCGGCUGCUGAAGGUCUAGCCAAGGAACUGCUUGAAUGUCUGCCACGGACACACAUGCACCCUCAGGCGGGCUCCAGGACGUGGGGCUCCACCGGCUGUAUGAAUAAAGCCAGUAAAGGCAGCAGGACGGUGGUGAUGAGGACUACUGCUGAGCAAUGCACCAAGCCGCUGUCAUCACACACGAACAAUGAAGAGCCCGUCGACGAGUUCUUCAUUUGAAUUCUUGCCACUUCGUCACGUGUGUGUAUGUGUG